AUGAGUAGGGAAUCAUCAAACUCAUCCCCCGUCAUCUUCCUCAUUCAUCUCCAGCCUCAUAUCUGCCAAUAUCAUCAACCUUACAUCUUCCUGUAUCAUCAAUCUCACACCUCAGCAUCAUCAUCAACCUCAUACCCCCAGCAUCAUCAGCCUCACAUCCCAACAUCAUCAACCUCAUACCCCCAGCAUCAUCAACCUCAUACCCCCAACAUCAUCAGCCUCACAUCACAGCAUCAUCAGCCUCACAUCCCAGCAUCAUCAACCUCACAUCCCAGCAUCAUCAACCUCACAUCCCAACAUCAUCAACCUCACAUCCCAACAUCAUCAACCUCACAUCCCAGCAUCAUCAGCCUCACAUCCCAACAUCAUCAACCUCACAUCCCAACAUCAUCAGCCUCACAUCCCAACAUCAUCAACCUCACAUCCCAGCAUCAUCAGCCUCACAUCCCAACAUCAUCAACCUCACAUCCCAACAUCAUCAACCUCACAUCCCAGCAUCACCUCACAUCCAGCAUCAUCAACCUCACAUCCCAACAUCAUCAACCUCACAUCCCAACAUCAUCAACCUCACAUCCCAACAUCAUCAACCUCACAUCCCAGCAUCAUCAACCUCACAUCCCAGCAUCAUCAACCUCACAUCCCAACAUCAUCAACCCCACAUCCCAACAUCAUCAACCCCACAUCCCAGCAUCAUCAACCUCACAUCCCAGCAUCAUCAACCCCACAUCCCAGCAUCAUCAACCUCACAUCCCAACAUCAUCAACCCCACAUCCCAACAUCAUCAACCCCACAUCCCAGCAUCAUCAACCUCACAUCCCAACAUCAUCAACCUCACAUCCCAGCAUCAUCAGCCUCACAUCCCAACAUCAUCAACCCCACAUCCCAACAUCAUCAACCCCACAUCCCAGCAUCAUCAACCUCACAUCCCAACAUCAUCAACCUCACAUCCCAGCAUCAUCAACCUCACAUCCCAACAUCAUCAACCUCACAUCCCAGCAUCAUCAACCUCACAUCCCAACAUCAUCAACCUCACAUCCCAGCAUCAUCAGCCUCACAUCCCAACAUCAUCAACCUCACAUCCCAGCAUCAUCAGCCUCACAUCCCAACAUCAUCAACCUCACAUCCCAGCAUCAUCAGCCUCACAUCCCAACAUCAUCAACCUCACAUCCCAGCAUCAUCAACCUCACAUCCCAGCAUCAUCAGCCUCACAUCCCAACAUCAUCAACCCCACAUCCCAACAUCAUCAACCCCACAUCCCAGCAUCAUCAACCUCACAUCCCAACAUCAUCAACCUCACAUCCCAGCAUCAUCAACCUCACAUCCCAACAUCAUCAACCUCACAUCCCAGCAUCAUCAACCUCACAUCCCAACAUCAUCAACCUCACAUCCCAGCAUCAUCAGCCUCACAUCCCAACAUCAUCAACCUCACAUCCCAGCAUCAUCAGCCUCACAUCCCAACAUCAUCAACCUCACAUCCCAGCAUCAUCAGCCUCACAUCCCAACAUCAUCAACCUCACAUCCCAGCAUCAUCAACCUCACAUCCCAGCAUCAUCAACCUCAUCAUUAAAACCGGACGUUAAACUACCCUCUAAAGAGUAUGGCACUUUUAAUAAUGGUCCCAUGGUAAACCAGUUUAAUAAUGGUCCCAUGGUAAACCAGUUUAAUAAUGGUCCCAUGGUAAACCAGUUUAAUAAUGGUCCCAUGGUAAACCAGUUUAAUAAUGGUCCCAUGGUAAACCAGUUUAAUAAUGGUCCCAUGGUAAACCAGUUUAAUAAUGGUCCCAUGGUAAACCAGUUUAAUAAUGGUCCCAUGGUAAACCAGUUUAAUAAUGGUCCCAUGAGCUCAGCAUCAGCAGGUGGUGAUGAUUCCCAGAGCUCAGCAUCAGCAGAUGGUGAUGAUUCCCAGAGCUCAGCAUCAGCAGGUAAUGAUGAUUCCCAGAGCUCAGCAUCAGCAGGUAAUGAUGAUUCCCAGAGCUCAGCAUCAGCAGGUAAUGAUGAUUCCCAGAGCUCAGCAUCAGCAGGUAAUGAUGAUUCCCAGAGCUCAGCAUCAGCAGGUAAUGAUGAUUCCCAGAGCUCAGCAUCAGCAGGUAAUGAUGAUUCCCAGAGCUCAGCAUCAGCAGGUAAUGAUGAUUCCCAGAGCUCAGCAUCAGCAGGUGGUGCAUCAGCGGAGUAA